UUUCUCUCUUCUUUAACAUCAGCCAAAAAAAAGGCCCCUUUCAAAAGCUUGCCCCUCAUCAUCCUUCAUCAUCCGACACCAUAGUUCUUUAGCAAUUGUCACAAACAACUUGCUCUUGCUGGUGUCCUUCAUCUCCCGUCCCGGGCUUAGUUUUUCAUAUUUAUUAUUUAUUCUUUCUUUUUUUUUUUCCCUGAUCUUUUAACUUCUGUCAAUCUUUUUCUUUGGGUGACCCGUUCACCAGCCUAUCAACACAUCACCAAGUCUCUUUUUACUCUUCAUUAUGCAAAGUGAUUCACGUACAGACUUGGGCUGUCUCCUUACCUCGGCAACGCAGCCUCCCACCGAGGACAGUAUCGCCAAUCUGCUUCAAAGCAGAUACAAGCGGAAUCAACCAUAUACCUCGGCUGGUCAUUCCAAUCUCGUCGUCGUCAACCCCUAUCAGCCACUAGAAAUUCUUAACGAUGCAACGCUUCAAUCCUACGCGGACGCUGGUUACCGUGACGUCUCCGAAUAUAAGCAAUUCAUGCAGCCCCAUACAUAUGAUCUUGCUACAAGAAUAUAUUUCCACAUGCGAAGGACAGGUGAAGAUCAAAGCAUUGUAUUAAGUGGUAUCACGGGCUCGGGUAAAAGUACGACACGAACACAUCUUCUCGAGACACUCCUGCUGCUCUCCACCCACAGCAAAAAGGAGGCCAAACUUCAGCAACAAAUUCGCAACGCAUUCGUUGUUCUCGAAGCUUUCGGUCACGCUCGUACCACUCAAAAUAGAUCCGCCUCCAAAUUUGGUAUCUUUCAAGAGGUCCAGUUCAGCGAACGAGGUCGCAUUCUUGGUGUCAAGGCAUUGACCUACGCUUUUGAUAAAUCGCGAGUCACCGCCGUUCCGCCCAACGAACGCUCUUUCCAUGUUUUCUACUCCUUGUUGGCUGGUACCACCGUGGAUGAGAAGAACGCCUUGCAUAUCAACUUUACUCCAGAUUACUUUUUCUAUCUCAAUCAAUCCAAAUGUAUCCAGGUUCCGGACAUGAACGAUGAAAUCGCUUUUGGUGAUCUCAAGAGCGCACUCAAAGCAUGUGGUUUCAAAGCGAAAACAGUCACUCAGAUCUUCCAACUCUUGGCCGCCAUUCUGCACCUUGGUAAUCUCCAAUUUAUUGGCAACAAUGAAACCGGCAACAGUACCCAGGAAGCAUGCUGUGUGAAGAACAGUGACGUUCUCGAUAUCGUUUCCGUCAUGCUCGGUGUCUCUCCUACCAAGCUCGAGCAGUCGCUCACUUACCGUCUGCGUCUCAUUCGCAAGGAACUGUGCACCAUCUUUUUGAACCCCCAGGGGGCUAUGGAGCAACGAGAUUCUUUGGCCCGCGCUCUCUAUCAAGUCUUGUUCCUGUGGAUCGUCGAAUCGAUCAACACAAAGAUCUGUUUCAGCGAUGGUGAACCCGCCAACUUUAUCGGUAUUCUUGACCAGUUUGGCUUCCAAAACUUCAAAGUAAACGGUUUCGAAGAAUUUUGUGCCAAUUUUGCCAAUGAACGCAUCCACCAGUUCCUUAUCAAUCAGCGUUUCAGCGAUCAGGAAGGUCUGAACGCGGUCAUGGUCCGCGACGGUGUGCCCUUACCUCAGGUGAUCACCAUGGACAAUUCCGGUUGCAUCGAACUCUUGGUGGGCAAAACAAAGGAAAAUCAAGAACGAAAAGUGAGCAAAUCCGCUGCUCUCGGUCUUUCCGGUGUGGUGGGUGUGCUCGAUCGCGACUGUGCAAAGUAUCAAACGGGUGCAAGCGAUGCUACCGAUGCCAACUUUCUCGCCAACGUCCAAAAACAGUACAACGGUCACUCAUCCUUCUCAAAGUCGUCUUACGCCUUUGCUUUCGGUAUCAAUCACUUUUCUGGAACAGUUCAUUACACAGUGGAGCAUUUCUUGGAUCGCAAUUUGGAUGCGCUGUCGCCGGAUUUCGUCAAUUUGUUGCGCGAGAAUAGCUCCAAUACUUUUGUUUCCACCCUGUUCCAAAGUACCGCCAUGGCUACUGAAUCCCAUCCCAAAGACGAUCGUACCAUUGUCAAAGCUCAGUUGACAAGUAAGCCUACCCGUGCCCCGUCUAUGAAGCGUCCCAACAAACGUCGUCCAAUGCCCGAGAAUUCCCUCAACAAUAAUCCAAUUCCCGAAAACGGCGAACUGGAAGCCGAGGAACUUCAGAAACAACGCAUGAUCCGGGAAGCCGAGGAAGCCUAUGAAAACAUGCAAGUCACCACCGUCAUGGAUCAAUUGUUUAUGACCCUGCGUGAUCUAUCCAUUACCAUGUCUGAUACCCGCAUUUACAAUGUCAUUCACAUCCGUCCCAACGACACUCAGAUGCCUGAUAUGUUUGAUUUCAAACGAGUCAAGUCGCAGAUUCGCGCAUUUUUGCUUCCCGAUCUGACCUUGCGUUGUUCCCGAGAGUAUGCGAAUUACUACACGUAUGGCGAAUUUUUGGCACGGUACGAUAGUUUGGCUACCUCGCUCCAAGUUGAUCACUCCAAAACAGAAGCGGAGCAAGUGCAAGUGAUUGCUACCAUCAUGAACUGGACCGAAGCCCAGGCAUGUCUGGGCCAUACCAUGAUCUGGCUGUCGUAUGAAGUUUGGAAAGAACUUGAAGACGGCCUACGUGCAGCCGAAAAGGAAGAACGUAUGCGUAACAAGGCCAUGGAUGCGUCCAUGCAUCAAGAUGGAGCGAGCGAUAUGCCUCACGAAGAACAGCGCAUGGGAGCAGGUUAUUACCACGACAGUAACGAUAUGCUUCUACCUCCUGCAGGCUACAUGGCUGGUGGCGCUGCCAUGGCUGGUGGCGCCGUGAUGGCUCGAUCCUCAGUCUUUGAAGAUGGUGCAAGUUACUACGGCAGCGAGGAUGGCUUGAAACGAGGCAUGGAAGGCAGUCAGUGGGGUGACGAAUCCGAAUGGGGUAUCAAAGGUCUUGCCGAAGGCUUUGGUCCCAACAUGGAUAUGAGCAAAAUGAUUGAAGAUUACCAUUCACCCCAGAUUGAAAACAUUGAAGAAGUGCCAAUUACCGCUCUGCGUGUGUGGUGGGUACGCUUCGUUUGGUUGAUGACUUGGUGGAUCCCGUCGCCUUUGUUACGAUGGAUCGGCAAAAUGAAACGUGAGGAUGUUCAAAUGGCCUGGCGUGAAAAGGUGACGCUGUGUAUUUUGAUUUUCUUCUUCUCCAUCAUCGUCAUCUUUUGUAUCGUCGGUCUCGGUGAAGUCAUCUGUCCUGGUACUCGCACCAUGUAUUCCACGGAAAAUGUAAAGAGUCACAACUUGGCCAACGAUAUGUACAUGAGUGUCCGCGGUGUUGUCUACGAUGUCACCGAUUUCGCUCGAAGCAAACACGGUACAAACGCUUAUCCUGCCAAUACCGAUACCAUGGAGCCUUUGGCUGGUUUCGACGUUUCCAGCGUCAUCCCGCCACCUCUCACUGUCGCCUGUGCAGGCCUUGUCAACAACCCUCUCAUUCGAGUGACUCCCAAUACCACCUAUUCGGCUGCAGGCACAUUCACUCAUUGGUCCGGUGAUCAGCUUGAGAUCCCCACUUUGGAGAAGAUGAAAAACCCUGAUUGGUACACCAAUUACUUCUUACCCACCAUGAAUCUGUACAAGAAGGGAACCCUGGUGCAUCCUGUCGAUCUCUUACGGUCCGACUUUGAAGGGUGGGGACGUUUGGCCCUGGCUAUCAACGGCAGAGUGUAUGAUAUCACCGAUUACAUGUCAACCGCGAAAAUCCACGAUUCCGGAUCCACUGGCAACGAAUACCAUUACCUGUCACCGACCGUGGAAGAAAUCUUUAGCAAGUUCAGUGGUACCGAUGCUACGGAAACCUGGGACAAAUACAAAGGCUCGAUGAGUCCUGAAGAACAAGCCGCCAACAUGAACUGCUUGGAUAACUUUUUCUACAUCGGCGACGUGGAUGUUCGCAAGACCCCCCGUUGUGAAUUUACCAAUUACCUGUUGUUAGCGUUUGCUGUUCUGAUGUGUUUGGUCAUCGUGGUCAAGUUCUUGGCGGCCUUGCAAUUUGGCGGUGCUCCAACCCCCGAAGAUCACGACAAGUUCGUCAUCUGUCAAGUGCCCUGUUACACCGAAGACGAAGAAUCGUUGAAAAAGACCAUUGACUCAUUGACGGUGAUGAACUACGAUGACAAGCGUAAACUGCUCUUUAUCAUUGCCGACGGUAUGAUUAUGGGUAGUGGUAAUGACAGACCUACUCCGCGUAUUGUGCUCGACGUCCUUGGUUACGAUACGAAGAACGAUCCCGAGCCUCUCAUGUUCAAAUCCAUCGGUGAAGGUAGCAAGCAAUUGAACUAUGGCAAGGUAUACUCUGGUCUUUAUGAAUGUGAAGGUCACGUUGUCCCGUAUGUUGUUAUUGCCAAGGUCGGCAAGGCCUCGGAACGUGCUAAACCCGGCAAUCGUGGCAAGCGUGAUUCGCAGAUGAUUUGCAUGAAUUUCUUGAACAAGGUCCACUUUGACAGCGAAAUGACGCCUUUGGAACUGGAAAUGUACCAUCAAAUCAAGAAUGUGAUUGGUGUCAACCCAUCGUUCUACGAAUACAUUCUCAUGGUCGACUCCGAUACCGAGGUCAUGCCCAAUGCAUUGAAUCAUAUGAUUUCAUGCAUGCUUCACGACGGUCGCAUCAUUGGUCUGUGCGGUGAAACCAAAUUAUCCAACGAAGAUCGAUCCUGGACGACCAUGAUUCAGGUCUACGAAUACUACAUUUCUCAUCAUUUGGCCAAGGCUUUCGAAUCACUGUUUGGAUCCGUCACUUGUUUGCCUGGUUGUUUCUGUAUGUAUCGCAUUCGCACCCCCGUCAAGAACGAACCUUUGAUCAUCUCUCCCAAGGUGAUUGCCGAUUAUUCGGACAACCAUGUCGACACAUUGCACAAGAAGAAUUUGCUUCAUUUGGGUGAAGAUCGAUACUUGACGACGCUCAUGAUGAAACAUUUCCCUCAGUACAAGAUGAAGUUUACCGCUCACGCUCAAUGUGCUACGGUGGCUCCCGAUAAAUGGAAGGUCUUACUGUCGCAACGUCGUCGUUGGAUUAACUCUACGAUUCACAAUUUGUUCGAAGUCGUUUUGUUGCCUGAUCUCUGUGGUUUCUGCUGUUUCUCCAUGCGUUUUGUUGUCUUGGUCGAUUUGGUCGGUACCUUGACUCUCCCUGUCACCGUGGUUUACUUGAUCUACUUGAUCUAUGUCAUUGCCUCCGGCACCGGUCCGAUGCCUAUUUUGGCUCUGGCCAUGUUAGCGGGUGUAUACGGUUUGCAAGCGUUACUGUUCAUUCUGAAACGUCAAUGGCAGCACAUUGGAUGGAUGAUCUUUUACAUUCUGGCGAUUCCUGUCUUUUCCUUCUUUUUACCGGUGUAUUCCUUCUGGCACUUUGACGAUUUCUCGUGGGGUAACACACGUGUGGUCGUGGGUGAUAACAAGCAAAAGAAGAUUAUUGUGGCCGACGAUGAAAAGUUUGACGAAAAGAUGAUCCCACUCAAGAAAUGGAGCGUUUACGAGCAAGAAUUAUGGGAAAUGGGAUCGACCGGUUCACGCGAAACCGGGGUCACGGGUAACAGCUAUCACAGUUAUCGAUCGCAUAAUUCGCGUGGCGGCAAUAACUCGGUUAUUUACGACAUGCGAAGUAUGUACGGUGGAGGCAGUCAGAUGGGCGACUAUGAUUAUUAUCGCGAUACCAACAUGUCCAUGACCGGCCGUUCACGAAGCCCUAUGGGAGGUUACGCAGGGUCGGUGAUGCAGCAGAGUGCGGUCAUGCAGCCCAUGUCCACCCCCGGCUUCCCUACCGAUGAAGAAAUCCUUCUCGAAAUCAAAAAUAUUUUGGCAACAGCCAAUUUGAUGAGCAUCACCAAAAAACAAGGUAAAUAUUCCUCUUAUAUUUAUGACUAUGAUCAUUUUAACUCACUUGGAUUUUAUUUUAUAGUUCGAGAACAACUGAGCGCUUUCUUUGGAUGUGAUAUGACUCCCAAGAAAGAAUUUAUCAACACGAACAUUGAAUAUAUCUUGCAAGGAAGACUUUAAUGGAUGUAUAGAUAUCCAACAAAACAACAAGAAAAAAAGCUCUUCCUUGCCAACCCGCAUCCACCCUCAUAACAUAACCAUGCGAUCAAUUUUUUUUUCUUUUUUUUUAAUGUUUUUUCUUUCUCUUCUUCUCUUUUCUUUUUGUAAACAUUUCAUAACGCACGCCGACACAUGAUAAAAGAACAUUUUUGAUACAAAUUCAAA